UUUUGUUUUAAAUUUUGAUUCUGCAGAUCUGUUCAAAGGUCUUGUCUGAUAUCAAGACAGAACACAAACAAAACAAAAAAAACUCUCUUUUUUUACUUCUUCUUUCCUUUAUUGUUGCCACCACCAAUGGCAAUGCCAACUGGAAACGUUGCUCCUCCGUCGGAUAAACUCAUCCAGUUUCCGCCACCCGCCGUCGCCGGAAGCUGGAUCCCCGACGAGAGAGACGUGUAUAUAUCGUGGAUCCGCGGGGAGUUCGCCGCGGCUAACGCCAUCAUCGACACGCUCUGCAAUCACCUGCAAGCGAUCGGGGAUCAAAGCCAAUACGACGCCGUGGUCUCAGCCGUCCAGCACCGUCAGUCAAGCUGGUCUCAGGCUAUCUAUAUGCAGCCUUAUUACACGAUUGCUGAUAUUUACAAGGCUCUUCAGCACGCUGCUUGGGGAUGGAAACUGAAAACGCCUCAGCAGCAACAACCUCAAAGGCAUUACAAUGCUACUGAUCAGACUGUGAAGUUUGGUGGUAAGAGAUCGGGUUAUGGAUUUAACAAGCAUCAUCAUGGUGGUGGUGGUGGUGGUGGUUACAGAGGAGCUGAAUCGAUGGCGAGAAACGGGCAUCACUUGAAUUCAGAUUCCCACAGCGUUGAAGCUAAGCUAGCAAGUGAUGCUGAGGAGAAGAGAGAUGGUAACGAGAAACCAAAGAGUGAUCGUAAAGAUGUGGAAGAAUCUGAGUCUGGUGGUGGUGAAACUCAAGCGGAGAUAGUGAACCAUGAUUCUAAAGAUAACAAUCUCAGUUCUGAGGAAAAGCAGGACGAGAAAGAUAAAGAGUAUACUGCAAGCAUGGCCAAGACUUUUGUUGUUGAAGAGAUGUAUGAAGCGAAAGUGGUUAAUGUUGUGGAAGGACUGAAGCUAUAUGAGAAUAUGGUCGAGGCAAAGGAAGUUUCUCAACUCGUUUCUAUUGUAAACAAUCUGAGAACCUCUGGAAGAAGAGGUCAACUUCAAA